AUGAGCGUCUUUGCUUCCCACACCAACUCCCCCACAUCCCACACCAACUCCUACACAUCCCACACCAACUCCUACACAUCCCACACCAACUCCUACACAUCCCACACCAACUCCUACACAUCCCCCACCAACUUCCCCACAUCCCACACCAACUCCUACACAUCCCACACCAACUCCUACACAUCCCACACCAACUCCUACACAUCCCACACCAGCUCCCCCACAUCCCACACCAACUCCUACACAUCCCACACCAACUCCUACACAUCCCACACCAACUCCUACACAUCCCACACCAACUCCUACACAUCCCACACCAACUCCUACACAUCCCACACCAACUCCUACACAUCCCACACCAACUCCUACACAUCCCACACCAACUCCUACACAUCCCACACCAACUGCUACACAUCCCACACCAACUGUGCCCAUCAGAGUUGUUUGGACUCAAGGGCGUCUCAGAAUGAGCCCGAGGACGGGACUCGAAACUUACAGCUCUCAUGCACAUAUUCACAAGUCUACAGCUCUCAUGCACAUAUUCACAAGUCUACAGCUUUCAUGCAUAUACCACACAUCUACAGCUCUCAUGCACAUAUUCACAAGUCUACAGCUUUCAUGCAUAUACCACACAUCUACAGCUCUCAUGCACAUAUUCACAAGUCUACAGCUUUCAUGCAUAUACCACACAUCUACAGCUCUCAUGCACAUAUUCACAAGUCUACAGCUUUCAUGCAUAUACCACACAUCUACAGCUCUCAUGCACAUAUUCACAAGUCUACAGCUUUCAUGCAUAUACCACACAUCUACAGCUCUCAUGCACAUAUUCACAAGUCUACAGAUGUCAUGCAUAUACCACACAUCUACAGCUCUCAUGCACAUAUUCACAAGUCUACAGAUGUCAUGCAUAUACCACACAUCUACAGCUCUCAUGCACAUAUUCACAAGUCUACAGCUUUCAUGCAUAUACCACACAUCUACAGCUCUCAUGCACAUAUUCACAAGUCUACAGCUUUCAUGCAUAUACCACACAUCUACAGCUCUCAUGCACAUAUUCACAAGUCUACAGCUUUCAUGCAUAUACCACACAUCUACAGCUCUCAUGCACAUAUUCACAAGUCUACAGCUUUCAUGCAUAUACCACACAUCUACAGCUCUCAUGCACAUAUUCACAAGUCUACAGCUUUCAUGCAUAUACCACACAUCUACAGCUCUCAUGCACAUAUUCACAAGUCUACAGCUUUCAUGCAUAUACCACACAUCUACAGCUCUCAUGCACAUAUUCACAAGUCUACAGCUUUCAUGCAUAUACCACACAUCUACAGCUCUCAUGCACAUAUUCACAAGUCUACAGCUUUCAUGCAUAUACCACACAUCUACAGCUCUCAUGCACAUAUUCACAAGUCUACAGCUUUCAUGCAUAUACCACACAUCUACAGCUCUCAUGCACAUAUUCACAACUCUCAUGCACAUAUUCACAAGUCUACAGCUUUCAUGCAUAUACCACACAUCUACAGCUCUCAUGCACAUAUUCACAAGUCUACAGCUUUCAUGCAUAUACCACACAUCUACAGCUCUCAUGCACAUAUUCACAAGUCUACAGCUUUCAUGCAUAUACCACACAUCUACAGCUCUCAUGCACAUAUUCACAAGUCUACAGCUUUCAUGCAUAUACCACAAAUCUACAGCUCUCAUGCACAUAUUCACAAGUCUACAGCUUUCAUGCAUAUACCACACAUCUACAGCUCUCAUGCACAUAUUCACAAGUCUACAGCUUUCAUGCAUAUACCACACAUCUACAGCUCUCAUGCACAUAUUCACAAGUCUACAGCUUUCAUGCAUAUACCACAAGUCUACAGCUUUCAUGCAUAUACCACACAUCUACAGCUCUCAUGCACAUAUUCACAAGUCUACAGCUCUCAUGCACAUAUUCACAAAUCUACAGCUCUCAUGCACAUAUUCACAAAUCUACAGCUUUCAUGCACAUAUUCACAAAUCUACAGCUCUCAUGCACAUAUUCACAAAUCUACAGCUUUCAUGCAUAUACCACACAUCUACAGCUCUCAUGCACAUAUUCACAAAUCUACAGCUCUCAUGCACAUAUUCACACAUCUAAUCAAAUGA